CCCCCCCCCCAGGUGGCCUUCGAGAAGGACGGGGUUUUCCUGCACACCAGCGCCAAGCGCCACCCGGAUCAGGACUCGCUCAUCCCGGGGGUCAUCCGCAUCCUCGCGCAGGGCUCAGAGCACCUGCUGCAAUGGACACCCCUCGAGGAAGGUGGUGAUGGUGGCCAGAUUGUUUUCUCCAAGAAGGAGCCCCCGGGUGCAGCUGAGGAGGAGCCCUUCGAUCCAGGCUAUGAACCCGACUGGGCCGUGAUCAGCACCGUGAGGCCCCGCAGGCCACAGGAGGAGCCCCCGGGCUCUGUGCCCCCGCCCAGCCCCCGGGCGCAGUGGGCCUUCACACUCAGCCUGUCCGAGCUGCAGUCCAUCCGCCGGAGUCGGCCGGGCCUGGGCUGGUCCUACCUCAUCUUCAUCAGCCGAGACAGUGGGUCCCUGCCCGCCCUCCACUUCCACCGCGGGGGCAGCAAGGCCCUGCUGCGGGCGCUCUGCAAGUAUCUCAUCCUGGCCAUCUCCCCCAAGGACUCCCGGCUUUACCUGGUCUGCAGCCACGACUCGUACGCGCUGUCACAUGCCUUCGACGAGCUGCAGCUGUUUGACGAGAACUCCUCCAACCUGGUGUCGCGUUUCCUGCAGGACCCCUACACCGCCACUUUCGGGGGCUUCUCCAAAGUCACCAGCUUUUUCCGUGGGGCCCUGCACCAUGAGGCCGGCACUGCCCUGCGGCCCCCGGGCGCUACCGCCGCCACCAGCCUGGAGGAUGAGCCAGGCUUUGAGGUCAUCACGUGCCAGGGCAGCUGGGGACCCGGCGGCCUGUGCUUGGGAGGCCCGGUGACGGAGCAGAGUGUGGGGCAGCACCUGGACCCCGAGGGGGCAUCAUCACCUGAAACGGGCUCAAGGGAGGAUCUUCGCUUGGGUCUGGUUGGUGCUCGAGGCAGCCGAGAGAUGAGACGCGUGCCAGCCCUGGCGCCGAACGUUGGCCUCCCUCCGGGCGCUGGGUCGAUUGAGGGGCACCGCAGGGUGCUGUGGACGGGGCUGCCCUGCCCCAGCUUCCACCUGCUGGUGGCCUGUGGGAUCCUGGACUCGGAGCGUGAGGCCCUAAUGAACUCGGGGUUCGGCUUCAGCGAGAUCCUCAAGCACAUCAAUGAGCUGACGAUGAAGAUGAGUGUGAAGGAGACGCUGAUCCGGGCCGAGGCUCUGUACAGACAGCUGGCGGCCAGCCCCGAGCUGCCACGGAAUGUGCAGGAUCUUCUGGGGCUGGGGGGGUCCACGGGGGGUAGCCCCCCAGCCAGCCCCCCUCAGCCCUUCUCGCCCAGCCAGGCCCCGGAGCUGGAGCUGAAGGGCAGCGUCUCACCCCCCCAGCCCGACAGCAGCAUCGAGAUCCUGCCCCCCGAGGAGCCCCCCACGGCUUGGAGCCCCCUGCCCUGAGCCGGACGCCGGGGUCCACCCGCCACUGCCGCCUCUUCACACAGCACUUUAAUGGGGGGGUGUCUGCUGAGGGGUAUCAGGGUGCCCGCGGGGGGCAUGUCGGGGCCAGACCUUGUUCCCAGGGUGCAAUGGGUUCUGCUCCCAUCCCCGCAAGCCGGACUCCUGGGUUCUGGCCCCGGCUCUGGCAGGGGAGGGGUUCCUAUCACCCCACUGGCCUGGGCCCAUGAUCCUGGGAGCGGGGGGGCUGGGCCUGACUCCGGUGCCAUAUGGGGGAGCAGCAGCCUCGGGGGGCACCUGCCCAGCCCCAACUGCCUGUAAGUAUCCUGGGGUGAAAGGGGAGGGGGCAGCCUGGGAGCCAGGACUCCUGGGUUCUCUGGAGGCCCAACCCCUGUCCCCCCAGGGCUGCUCUUUACCCCACCCUGGGAGGCCCCCAUUGCUGCCCUGGGGCUUGCUCCUUUCGGCCAUGUACAGAUCCUGAGGGGCUGGGGGGGUCCCUGCUCCCCCCUGACACUGACUCCCCCUAACAGCAGCUGUCCAGGGGUGCCCUGCCCCUGCCCCCCACUUUCUUUGUAAUGUACAUUAAACACUCGUUUACCAAA